UGAAUAAGAGCAAUCAAGAGGCUCCGAAAACUUAAUGAAUGAACCGGCGCAAAAAGAUUUGAAUAUACAAUGAUUAAGGAUAUGAUGAAUAUCGAUGGUAAUUCAAAAAAGAGUCAACGCGAACAACUGACACCCUAUAAAAUAGUCGUUGUCAUAUUGAUAAAGGAAUAUUGCAAUGAAAGGACGAAAGCUAUUGUGGAAAGGCGAGACUUUUGCAUCGUGGCUCUGAAAUUAAUCCAGUCUCCCGACAUGUAUUUAAAGUCUGUGACUGAUUUGCUGUACUCGAACGAAUACGAGGUGCUUCAACGGUUUUCUCGUUUACUGGACGUUCAGUUGAGUAGAUUAUACAGAGAAGGAAUAGAAGGCCUUCUGGAUCUCUUUGAUUGUCUUCGGCGGUUAACGAAGUCUCCGUUGGAGCAUUCCCUCGCCACUCCAGCUUUAGACAAGAACUCUGUUCUUGGAUUAUACGUACGAAGGAUCGUAAUGUUUUUUGAAAAGUUGACAUUUUCUCAAGUGGUCGCACUCUACGAUGAUUUCAAGAAAUACCUAGAGAAAAGAACAGCGAGCCCUAACAACUCAGAACUUGCGGAUUCAAAAGCAGAACCUGUUGACACGUACAAGAGUAUAUGGGGAGGGAGACAAGCUGAACUUCUCGUAGCCCAACAAGCACACGCCUUACAGACCGAUGAACACAAAGCUCUGCCUCCAGCUGAACUUCAAAAGCUUGUUCAUGAACUUCUAAAUUGCAGUCCAGAUUACGCCGAAGCACAUUAUUUAAGUUACUUAAAUUGUCUACGUGUUAACGAAUAUUGUGGGGCCUUGGACAGCCUUUAUCAUUGCUUCGAUAGACUGGCCCCUUUGGAGACUCGAUCACCCACCGAAGACAGAGCUCGUACCUUUCGCUACGCUGCAUUAAAUCUUGCUGCGUUGCAUGCACAAUUUGGUCACAAAGAAGUUGCCAGAUCAGCGUUGAAAGAAGCCGUGAUGAUGGCACAAGAAGCCGGAGAUAAUGUUUGCUUGCAACAUGCUCAUGCUUGGAUGUACCACUUAGCCGAGGAACAGAAAGUACCGUUAAUAGAGCGAUCUGUUGGAAAAGCGAGUCUACUUGGAAUAACGCAUACCACGAGUUUAGGUCUCAUUGCUUCGGCUCAUCACUCCGCUCUUGAGGGAAAAAAUCCUCCGCAGGUCUUCGAGACGCUUAUGAAAUCUGACGUGCUGAAUUGUCAGCACUCGAUGAUCGACCUGAUGUCCAUGACCUAUGCCGAGAAGGCAGCCUUAUGGGCUUACUAUGGUAAAUCCGAAAUGUCUUCGGUAUGCUCCCAAUUGUUGCUCCUCCACAACACAGGGGAUAAAAAACAACACAUGUUCAACGGCCCGUCAACAUGUCAAGCCGUGGUCAACAUUGCUAAUUACUUGGUUGAAUUGGGAGAAUACAGCUUGGUGGACGUUGUAUUGUCUCACGCGAAGAAUAGAUUCCCAAACGAACCUAGUAACAAGGUUUGGAUGCUGAGCGAACAAUUGUACGAGUUCACCCGUACAAUAAGACAAGAGAAGUGGAGCGAAGCUGCCGCAGUGGCUGAACACAUAUCAAGUUUGGAUCCCCUCGAAAGUCUCUUCAGGCAGGCUGAAGUUUGUCUAGCGAGGGGCAACUACCCGAAGGGGUUGGAGUUUGUGAACAGUAUAGACAAAACUAAAGGGGUAACUCCUGAUAACCAAGUGAGAGCCAUGAUAUUACGCAGCCAAAUUAUGUGUGCCUCCACCUUGCCAGGGUCCAGGAUCGCUGGAAGCAACUCCAUCGUACUGCUGAACAAUGCUUUAGAAAUGGCUAAUAAGUUUCAUCUCUCCUACUACGAAGCACUCGUCAAGAUGCACUUGGCGAAUGUACAGCUGAUAAUGGGCAUUCCUAAUCAAGCCUGGAAGCUGGUAGAAGAGGCCAUAAUACCAAUACUGAGCCACGGCAGUUUAUACGACCAAGGCAGAGCUUUCGUUUUGUACGCAAAAUGUUUAGUCGCGACUGCUCCGACUACGGCAAACGAAGCUCGAAGAGCUCUUUUAAGAGACGCGAUCGCAGCGCUAUCAAAGGCGAAGUGGCGGUUUCUUAAAGUAGAAGCUUACGGGAGAGGGAAGAGCACUUUGUACCUUCAAUCCCUAUUUUCCCACGAAUUGGACAUGAAAGUGGAACGCAAUCAAUGUGCCUUCGAGUACCGACAAUUGGACGCACAGUUCCCCACGAAGCUUUGCACCGUUGCAUUGUAUUAAAGCUUCUAUUAUUUAUUACGAAUUAAGUUCCACCUAUAAUUGUAUUGAGAGAUAUGUAUUUAAGGCGAUAUGAAAGGGGUAAUUUAUAUGUAUCAGAGAAAUCAAAUCGUUGGGGAAAGUAUUCCCCGAAUUGGAGGUACGGAUUAGUUUGAAAUUUCACCACGGGAAUGUGGAGGC